UAUAUACAGUUGCAGCAAAUGCCAAACACUCCCUCGUCUCUUCCUCUGUUAUCAUCUCCUCCCCACCAUUCUCUAGAGAGAGAAAAUGCAGUGUGUCUCUUGUCUGAAUAUCUUCACCUCAUCCUAUUAAAACCUCUGUCUGCCCCCUCCCGUGACUCUCCGUACCCAUCACUCUUAGAUAUUUCCUUCUUGUAAUAAAAUUAAAAUCUCUCUUCUUUUUUUAGCAAACCAUUUCCAUCUCGAAAUAAUCAUCUCUUUCCCCCCUUUCCUCAAAAUAGCAACUGCAGAAAUUACCUUUCCCUUUCCCUGGGAUUUCUCAGCCAUGGAAGAAGAGAAACAUAAAUCUUCUCCAAUUCAACAAAAUCACAAUCUUCGAUGAAUUCAAGAAAAACCCUAGGGUUCUCAACUAAUUCCCUAUUUAUAUAGAUUUCGGUCCUUUUCUGACCUCAGUUUUAGUACUACUCUCACUCUGCCUUUUCAGGGUUUAGGGUUUUUACACUUCACACAGCCAAAAUGUCUUCCUGUCUAAGUGGGAGAGCUUAUAGAUUGAACCUUGAUUUGAUCAAAUCCCCAACCACAACCUUCUCAACGUCAAACUCAUCCUCAUCUCCUUCCUCAACCCUCUCCGAAUCCAGCAAUUCCCCUCUCUCAAUCUUCUCCCGAAAGCCCCGGACGCCGCGGAAGCGCCCGAACCAGACCUACAACGAGGCCGCCGCGAUCCUCUCCACCGCGUACCCGAAGCUCUUUCCCGCCAAAAAUAUCCCGAAGCCGCCGUUCAAGCUCGCGAAUAAUGCCCGGGCGAAUUUCCUCUCGGAGCCCCCGGACUUGCUCAUCCCCCUUCCGCCGCCGGAGCCGGCGAAAUUCGACAAGACGUGCCGGAGCCCGGGCGAGGUCACGUCUUCUCGGGGGGAUUUCCAGGGAAAUUGCGACGAAUUCGGGGAGGAUUUCGACGCGGAGUCGAUUCUCGACGAGGAGAUCGAGGAAGGAAUCGAUAGCAUCAUGGGGAAUCUCGCGGCGGAGGAAGGCGGCGCCGCCGUGGAAUUCGCCGUCUCCGGCGGUGGUUAUUGCUACGGUUUUCCGGUGGGGAUGGGGUUUGAUUUUGGGUACGGGAUGAUCAUGAGGGCGAUGAGGAAUGGCGACGGGAGGGAGCGGUGGAGCUCGCCGACGGUGAACGUCGUCGACAUCACGGCGGCGGCGGGGGAGAAGAAGGCGGCGGCGGGGAAGAAGAAGCAGAAGAAGAAGAGGGAGGAAUCGGCGGCGGAGAAUUCCGGCGGGGCGGUGGGGCGGCUAGGUCUGAACCUGAACUACGACGACGUUUUGAGCGCGUGGUCGGAGAAUGGGUCGCCGUUUUCCGGGGAUGCGGCGGCGGCGGAGGGCGGCGGAAAGGAUGUCCAAGAACGAUUGGGAGAGAUAGAUUUGUUCCCGGAGAAUGGGGCACCGGCGAGGGGCGCCAUCGUGCUCCGAUACAAGGAAAAGCGCCGGACACGCCUCUUCUCCAAAAAAAUUAGAUACCAAGUCCGAAAAGCCAAUGCUGAUCAACGCCCUAGAAUUAAGGGAAGAUUUGUGAGAACGCCAAAUUCAGCCGAAGAUGAUUAGGAAAUCAGAGCACUCUGUUUUUUUUGUAGACUUAAGUAAUAUUUUCUCAUUCCUUCUUUCAUAAUUUUUUCUACUCUUAUAAGAUAUCAAACUCCAAAAGAGAUAUGCAUAAGUAGGAAGAACGCAACUUGAGCACAAUUAUAUUUUUCUUCGUUUCUUUUUGAUCGAUACUCUAUUUUGAUGAAAUUUAGAUAAUCUGUCCUAAAAUGAUA